AGCGCACGACUGAUAACACGCUGAGACUUGAGGCAGUUCAGAAUGUGGAUAGUGUCAGAAGUAUGUAAGCACCGGAGCGGGUUCAGAAAACACUGAAGUAAAACAGCAGGAAACACUGAUUUACCUGAGGAGGAACUGCAGGAGAAGGAAAACUGACACAUUUAAAAACCCAGUCGUAGAGUUUCAUCUACUGGAACACUCAGAAGGUUGCCAAGAUGGCGUUGAACCUUCUGUCCCCCUCUGCUUUUCUCGAGAUCGCUCCAUCCUCCAUCCCAAUGGCCCUUCAGAGUCCAUCUUUCUACACCUCAACACUACAUCCCACAAAUCUCUCCAACAAUACCAGCGGCAGAGGCAGCAUCGUGGACAACAAAGGCGGAGCGAUAACUGGUGCUGCAAUCCUCAGCCUCGUCUUCCUCCUGGGCGUCCCAGGGAACGUCUUUAUCAUGUGGAGCAUCUUGGCCCGAGCGCGGCGUCGCUCCAUCACCACCCUGCUGAUCCUGAACCUGGCCUUCGCUGAUGGCUUCCUCAUGCUGCUCACACCCUUCUUCAUGGUGUAUCUGGUUCAGCGAAGUUGGGUUUUCAGCCUGGCGCUGUGCAAAGUCCUGUACUACCUCUGCUGCGCCAACAUGUAUGCCUCCAUAUUCAUGAUCAUGCUGAUGAGUCUGCACCGGCUGGUUGCGAUCGUGUGGCCAAAGCGAGUAGGGGCGAAGACAGAGCGGAAGAUGCUGACGCGGGUGCUGGUGGGACUCUGGGUUCUCGCUCUGGGACUUUCUGCACCCGUUUUAGCUUUCAGGAACAUCCUCAGCGACAGUAAAAAGCCUGAGAAAUUCGUGUGCGACUGCAUCCAUCCUGAAACACAAUAUGAGGUGAUGCAGUACUCUAUGGAAACGUUGCUGGGCUUCUUGUUGCCGUACGGCGUGAUCAUUGGAAGUUACACUUGUAUCCUGCGCAGAAUCCGCAAGACACGCUUUCGUAGACGCAUUCGCAGUGAGAAGCUCAUCCUGGUGAUUGUCGUCACCUUCGGACUCUUCUGGCUACCGUAUCACAUCAUAAACAUGGUGCAGGUGACUGCCGCUUUACUCCCAGAAGGAUCUGCAGCAAAACACAGACUGCAGGAAAUCAGGGCGAAUAUGCGAGCACUCACCUCCACCGUGGCCUUCGUCAGCAGCUGCAUAAACCCUGUCCUCUACACAUUCGCCGGGAAGUCCUACAUCCGCCGGGAGGGUCUGGCCUUCAUGGCACGCCUGUUUGAGGGAACUGCACUGGAAUCCACACGCAAGAUCCGGAGGAGCAACCAGAACAGCAGAGAGCGGGACAAAGAGACGGACGAGGGAGACAGUAUUAAAGACAAAGACUCUGAUUCCAUCAAUACCAUUAACGCAAACUCUGUUAUCAAAGUUGCGCCCCAGAAAAAUGGAAAGUGAGGUAAGUCUAGUUGUGGUUCCUGAAGGGAAAGUCUGUGGUGCAAGCAAUGGAUUGUAUGUUGUUUUAGUGUUGCGUGGUGAGUAAAUUGGUACAUCUUGCUCUUCAAAUUAAAAACUUUGUACCAAUUACGUACCAGAAAAAUCACAAGAGAACAAGUGGACCAGUGUCUAAGACAGAGACAGAGGACUGAGAGCGGCAGGUCUUUAUACAUAAUGAGCUAAACAAGAAACAGGUUGAAACAAUUACUAGUUUACAAUCCCGUGAAGAGAUCAACCUGGAAUACUUGGAGCUUUGUUUAUUCCUGCUCUGUCUCUUUGUCCAGGAGAGGGCGCCACAAAACUGACACAGGACAUCUGACAGAAAGAGACCAGUGUUCUUUACAUCCGGACCCUGAGUGGUGUCAAAGGUUAUAACCAAAUACUCAAAACUGGCCCAGUCAGAUAAGUUUGGCCGCAUUCUAAGAUUUAAGAUGGAAGUUGUUGUUUGUGCUGGUAAACGAUGACAGUUACUUCUAAAUUAAUAGUAAUGCUUUUCCCACAACAUUUGCUUUGUUGUACUACUGGUUAUACGGAGUUUUAUUAUUACUUUGACAUUCAUUUUACUAGUGUAGAAAUUAAACACUCUAAAAAAGGUUCGUCAGUGGUUCUUUGGCUUGUAAUCCUAAGUAAGCCCUGCUGAAAAAUCCAACUUAAA